AUGUUAGUUCCGUGUGGUAGUAGUAGUCUUCCGGCAAAACUUUCUGUCCGUGUAGUAUCGGCUCGUGGUUUACCCGUUAUGGAUAAGUCUAAUAUCACCACGGAUGCUUUCGUUGAAGUCCAUUUCGAUAAUGAGGUUUACAAAACUGAUGUCUGUAGCAAAACUUUGUCACCGGUAUGGGAUUCAGAUGUGUUUGUUUUUGAGACAGAUGAACAACAGUUAUUUGAUAAUCCGGUCCAGUUUCGUGUAAUGGAUCAUGACACAUACAGUGCAAAUGACGCAAUCGGACGUGUCUUUUACGAUGUCAGUUUAUUAGUUUCUAAAAUACGGUGCAGCAAAGCUGAUGAUAACAGCAUGGAAUUCACAAAUUGGCUACCAAUUUAUGAUUCGGUUUACGGAAUAAGAGGUGAAAUUCUGAUAUCAGUCUCGCUUAAGUUGCUAUUAUUAAGUGACCAGCAAUAUGUGCGCAUACUUUCAACUAGUAUUAUCUCAACACUAUCAAUUAACGAUAUCAUUGGACUGGUUUCUGACAUUGCUACAGUGACUGAUCCGGAAUACGAGUGGAUCGACCGGAUCCGUUCUCCUCGUGCUUCUAAUGAGGCUCGACAAAGCAUAAUUCGGAAAUCACUGCGCGAAUUAGCUAAAAAUAUUGCACAGAAAGCGCAUUCUCUCGGAUCGAAUGCAGUGCUUGGGUAUCAUGAAUUUGUUGAUAUCGAAGGUGAUGCUACCGAAUUGAUUACAUUUCGAGCAUUUGGAACAGCAGUCAGACUGUCACAGACGGAUGAAAAAGUUGCAGCUGGUGAAAAUAUAAUGCAUAAUGUAUUGUCAUUGAAGGUUUUGCCGAAUAUAUAUAGUUAUAAAUGCGGUGUUGUUGUGUGCGCUCGUUUUGUUCACGUGCUGACAGAUGACAAUGAUGCUACUACGACGAGAAAAAAGUGGUGGGGCGAUCUGAAGGUCGAACUUGUUCGUCAGGCAUUAAGUUUACGCUAUAAUUUAAUUAUUGGCUACACUGAGCAAAUUAGCAUACAUAAGAAAAUGGCGUUGUUGAGUUGUACAGGAACUGCUGUAUCUAUGUUUUUAACGGGAGCUGAAAAUAUUCCGGAUUGUACUAUGUUCCAUACUGCAAAUUUUAAUGGUGAUGCAUCGACUGAUCGAAAAAUCAUUGUGUGUUCCUGCUGUAAAUUACCUGAUGCAGUUUGUCCCGAUAUCAUCCUGAACACUUGCUCAUUACCUGCAUCAGACUACUUGCAUAGCACUACUCGAUCAUUGCAAAUUUGUGCUAAACGUGAGCUGAAUUCCUCAGAAACCGAUGAUCAGUUGGCUUAUGCUAUUAGUGAUUCGCUACCAUUUUUGGAACAUGAACUUUACAAUAAAUUGAUGGAAGAAAUACAAACUGGAAAUACAAAAUAUAACGCAAUUUUCGACUUGAAAUCUGUCUUCAUUAUUCAAGAAUAUGCUUUAUUUGCUGUCAUUUCGGGUACGUUAUGUACUCUAAAGGCACUAAUGAAAAUCGAUGGUUCUCACAUAUUUAAUUUCUCUGAUUUUGACGACGUUCGGCCAACGCCACGAGUGGGAUUAUUGGACGCGGCUCGCAUUUUGCGUGCACCUAGAUUGUCCGAUAAAAUUGGAUUACACUUGCAAUCAUUACAUAUCCGGGAACAUGCAAAUGUUUCCAUCAGCAGGCCACCACAGUCAAACUACAAAAAGAUAGUUAAAUGUUUUCGGAAGAAAGUUGUUGAUCGUGAGCGUUUAGCGAAGAUGAUUUCGGAACGUGAAGUCAGCUUACAACUUGGUACAUUCAAUGACAUGAAAUCGUCUACCUGGUCGCCUAUCACGUAUUCUGGUAUCAAGAUAACCAAUAGUUCAAAAUUUAAUAUCAGUGCAAAAACUGCAAAAUCUUCAAAUAUUCCACAACGGUAUACUGGAGUUUUAAUUCGUGAAAUAAUAAGAACAGUGGAUGAUAUUGCUGAUUUUGAUGCAUUUCUGGAUGGAGCUUUACGUGAUUUAGUGAACUUAGCAACUCGUAAUGUAGAAACUGUUGGUGCCACAUCAUUUUCUGUGUUCAAAGUACCUUCAGUGAAUCUUUCAAUCUCUCGUGAUCAGGCAUCAGUCUUAUUAUUUAUUACUACAGACUUUGAUUAUCCAGUCAAUUUAUAG